UGCUAGCUGCUAGCAUAGCAACAACAUGGCGGCGUCCACGAGAGCGCAGGUGAUGUCUCUGUACAGGAUGCUGCUGACGGAGAGCGGCAGGUUCCCCUCCUACAACUACAGGACCUAUGCUGUGCGGCGGGUGCGUGAUGCCUUCAGGGCCAACAGGAAAGUGGAGGACCCAAAAGCUGUGGAGAGACUGAUGGUGGAGGGACGGCAGACACUGGCACUGAUAAAGAGACAGGUCUCCAUAGGGAAGAUGUACGAGACCCAGAAGAACGUGGUGGACGACUAAACCCUCCCCGUCAGACAGGAAGUGACAUCAGAGGACCGCAUCACUGCCCUGACAUCAUCACCUGCCUGCUUCCUCUUCCGGCCCAAACACCGCUCCAUCUCUGGAGGUGUGAAAUGCAUUGUGGGAGAUGUAGGACAGAGUGGAGCUGUGAAUUAUUUUUCUUUUCUGACGCACGUGUGAUGAUAUGAAAUAUAAAGAAUAUAUAUAUAAUAUUCAGAGGGUGUGAAAGGGUUAAUUUACCAGCUGAUUACUGACAUUAAGAGAUUAGUUUUUGUUUUACAAGUUUUCUGAAUUGUUUCGUUUGAUUAAUUUGUGGAUUGAGGAGAAAUCUGAAGACUCAAAUAGACAAAGUAGAAAAAUAAACGUUUUCUUCCCUCUCGACUCUA